CCGUCGCGCCGCUCACGCGGUAAACCCUCCGGUUGAGUGCGGAGGAACUCUGAGCUGGGAGUCAGCCUUUUCGGGGCGGAGAAAACACAGCAAAAAAGGAGCCAAGAAAACCUUCUGUCCAGGGCGGGGCUUUGCGCCGACAGCUCGGCGCUCCGCAGUGACGCCAUCCGUUUGCGCUCUCAGCCGAGCGUUUUCCGCGCCUCUAGCGGGCGCCUGCGCAGUGGCCCUUAGCGGGCGGUUGCUUGUUGGUUGUUGUAGUAACGGGGGAAGCAGCCUUCGUAGCUUGCGGUGAGUUCUGCUGCGGAAGGAGGAGGGAGGUGAAGCCGAGCGUGGUCCCCGCCUGCCCGCCCCGAGCCAUGAGAAGAUGAGACAGGAGUCUGUGCCAUCCAAAUUGUCUGAUCCAGUGACACUGCAAGGAAAGGUCUCUGAGGCCUCUGUCUGUUGACUGCAUGACAAACCCUAAAAGAAAUGCCAGUUGUGAUGGCCCAGGACCUGGAGGAAACAGCAUCAUCCUCAGAGGAUGAGGAACUGGUAAACCAAGAGGAUCAUCCAUGUGUCAUGUGGACGGGAGGCUGCAGGAGAAUUCCAGUUCUGAUUUUCCAUGCUGAAGCUAUUUUGACAAAGGACAACAAUAUUCGAGUAAUUGGAGAGCGUUAUCGUUUGUCUUAUAAGAUUUUGAGAACGGAUAGUCGCCUGGUACGCAGCAUUUUGACAGCCCAUGGAUUUCAUGAAGUUCACCCAAGCAGCACUGACUACAACCUGAUGUGGACAGGCUCCCACCUGAAGCCCUUCCUACUUCGUACCCUCUCUGAAGCACAAAAGGUUAAUCACUUUCCCAGGUAA